AUGGAAGCUUUAGUAAAAAACUCAGUACUCAUCAAAGAUCCCAAUAAGAAACUUCCGGGUUUCGAACUUCCACGGUCGAUCUGGACAGCAACUAAUAGAAUUAGGACUGAUCAGGAUGGGUGCCAUUACCUGCUUCAUAAGUGGUGGAUGACUGAGUCUCCGUUUUGUGACUGCGGUGAACUUCAAACGAUAAGACACAUCGUAGAAUCGUGCAUUCGGAUGAAAUAUCCUGGAGGGAUGCUUGGAAAACACCAAUUAGGUAGUGAUGCGACUGAACGGUUAACCAAUCUGGAUUUCCGUCUAUAA